UCAAUAACAUUUUUUAUUUAAAUCGAGGGUCUACUGAAACCAAAUUGGUCAGCCGAUAGUUUUUUAGUGGAGAUUUGUGUAUUUAUACCACAGAAUGUCUAUCUAUUCAACAGUGGGCGGUGUCGAACCUUACUGUGAGAUCCACUACUCAAUCGCUACUUUCUUUCUCCGACUUCAGUUGGUGCUAUUCAACGGUUCUAGUACAGUGGGUGGAGAGCGUCGGUAGAGGCUGUGGUCGCAUAGCAUUUUCUUGGGUAACUCGAAGCUGGUGGGGGAGGCAGAUCCCUCUUGCAGACGUACUACUGCCAGAAAAAUCAGUUUUUUUCCAAAGUCGUUGCUUUAGUGGAAUGUGUCUUUAUGGUAUUCUGUAACUUCAGUCGUCGGAGCGAGUUUUCAGUGGAAAAAAGUCAAACUUUAUCAUAAGUCCAGUUGGAACCACGGCACCAGGAAUACAACCUUGUGCGAGCCAAAUCUCUUAUCAAGUAAAGUUUUAUGAGGAUCCAGUUUUUUUCGAUGAAUACGUUGUCUUGGCAUAUUGUUGUAUUUCCCAAGUGCCUUCCAUUGCAUAAUAGCCGACUGUGAAAUAUAAUUCCACGAUUUUCUUCAUAAACGUCUUGCCUAUUUUGUUUACUGUUGUGAUGUCAUCAGACAUUUGCUGCAGCAUCCAUUGACUGAUGAGGCAGACACAUGGAAGGGUAGGACGUUUUAAUAACAGGCAUACAACAGACAUUGCUCUUCCAUUUUGAACUGUCACCUUGUGCUUUUGUUGACACUGCAAAAAUGAAGUGGACACUACAUUUGAGCCUUCUGUUGAUUUUGUUGGUAUGGAAAGCAGGAGCUAAUGAAAGAAGAGUCCACAGAAGAAUGCUUAGCCGAACGCCCCUCCAGGGGGUGACCUUUACCAAACAACAGACCUCAAAACACAUUGUGGCAAAUGGUGCUGAUGGCCUACUUGCCUCUACCAGCGGCAGUAUAAAGAUAUCUCCUCUGACAGGCUAUGAAGAGAAAAUUCAGGGAGAACAGAGAGCCAACUCUACACGACGAGGAGCAGGAGGGGUCAGAAAGCUGAUACCAAGUAGAAAAAUAAACACACCAAAGACUGAAACAAGCCUCUCUAGUCCAUUGGAGGAAACCAGUAAGCCUGACUUGCCAACCAGAACUUCCACUGGUUCCCUUGGCUCCCUCAAUGUCCUGGCAAGCUUUGCAGGGAAGAACCGUGUCCUUGUCAUUUCUGCCCCCCAUGACUCAGAUGGUUACUACCGCCUGAUGAUGAGCCUGCUCAAGCCUGACGUCCGCUGUGAGAUGGCAGAGCGCCACAUGCAGCAGAUUGUCAUGUUCCACCAAGAGGGCGAGAAGGGUGGGAGGGUAAGUCGCAUCACCAGCCGGGGGGAGGUCUUGGAGCAACCCCUGGACUCAGUCCUCAUCCCCAGGCUGAUGAACUUCCUGAAACUGGAGAAUGGAAAGUUUGGCAUGGUUCUCCUCAAGAAAAACCUCCUUGUAGAGGAGAGGUACCCGUACCCUGUCAGGAUGGAAGCGAUGUAUGAGGUGAUCGACCAGACCCCCAUGCGUAAGCUGGAGAAGGCCAGGCAGAAGGGCUUUGUGCAGAGGUGUAAAAUGGCUGGUGUGGAGGGUCAAGUGAUUGAGUCUGAAGGGACGGUGGUGACAGGAUCUAAUCCUAGAGAGAUUAUGACAGUGCAGAGGGUCCCGGGGAGGAGAGGAGGGGAGAGACCAGCUAAGGGACAAAAUGCCAAGGAUUUGAUAGCUACCAUGAGCAACAGGACAAAAGCAAUUAUGAAAAUACAAACCACUUUCAUGAAACCUACUACAACCGCAAAACCUACUACAAACGCAAAACCUACUACAACCGCAAAACCUACCACAGCUGCAAAACCUACUACAACCACAAAACCUACUACAACCACAAAACCUGCCACAACCGCAAUACCUACUACAACCACAAAACGGACAACAACCACAGCGAGAACCACAACCACGGCGAGAACAACUGCAGCUGGCACGCUGUCUUUAACUCCAUCCACCACCAACCCCACCACCACCAUGCACACUACCUCUUAUCCUAGAACGACACUUCAAGGGAACCUGGCUCCUCCUUCCAUGGGUGAAUCCCCCUACGUCCCCUCCGUCAACAGCAAAAUGAUCCGAAACCGGCUGACUGUCAAACCAACGUCCCAUCCCUUUACUGAGCCUCAUGACUUCACAGAGUCCAUUAAAGAUAAGCAAAACCAACAUGGAGAAACCACAGAUCCCAAGGACGGCCAGCAUGCUGGCACCCGUGCAACUCAACUCACCCGUGAAGAUAAAGGGGAUCUGGCUAGCGAGCCCAGUGUUUCUGCCUUCAAGAAGGUUCAUCUUGGGCUCGACAGUCCAGAGAGGAAGAAAAAGACAGAUAAAGCAGUCAAAAAGAAAGCAGACAAGCAGAGGGUCAAAAUUGCCAAAGAGGAGGAGGGCAACGUCCGUGGCAGAAAGCCUGGGAAGAAAGGUGCUCUGUUCCAGGAGAAAGCGAGUGGUGAUAAGCUGGCUGCCAAACAAGCAAGUGCCAUGGAGCCGUUAGCUUCCUUCCUCAGUUCCUUUGAAAGGAGGAGACGACUACUUGUCAUCACUGCUCCCAGUGAAGACAAUCGCAUGUACACUCAACAGAGAGAUGAGUAUCUGGAGCAAGUGUGUGAGAUGGCCAUAAGAAAAAUCUCUAUCAUCAUCAUUUAUGGCACUUGGAACAAUGGCACCAUGAAAAUAGAUCACUAUCAAUUGGAGCAAGAUCAACCUUUGAAGGGUGUACCAAGAGAUGACCUUACAAGCCAGCCACUUAUCAAAACACUGAGGAAGGAACUGGGAAUGACAUUUAACGACUAUUACAUGGUGCUGACUGACUUUGAUAUGAAAGUCAAGCAAGAAUAUGAAGUGCCCAUUGCCAUGAAAGCUGUGUUUGACUACAUAGACACGUUCUCUUCACGGAUCAAGGAAAUGGAGCAACAGAAAAAGCAAGGUUUGAUCUGCAAGAGUGAAGACAAAUCUAGAUCCUUAGAGAACUUCCUUUCCAGGUUCCGCUGGAGGCGGAGGCUAUUUGUGAUGUCAGCUCCUGAGGUUGACGACUGGGCCUAUCAGCAGCAGCUCUACACCCUGACCAGUCAGGCCUGCAAUCUGGGCUUGCGUCACAUGUCUGUGCUGAAACUGGUUGGGAAGAACAUUGACGACAUGGGCGGAGUCUUGGAGCUCUAUCCUAUCAAUGGAAGCGCUACAGUUGAACGGCAGGACCUCUCUGCCUCGCUGGUUAAGGAUGUCAGGAACUACUUCCAGAUCAGUCCUGAGUACUUCUCAAUGCUCCUGGUUGGGAAGGACGGCAACGUGAAGUCCUGGUAUCCUUCUCCAAUGUGGUCCAUGUCUAUCAUGUAUGACUUGGUGGACUCCAUGCAACUUCGCCGACAGGAAAUGGCCAUUCAGCAGUCUCUGGGAAUGCGCUGCCCUGAGGAUGAGUAUGAUCACCAUGACAGGGAUCAAGAUGGGUACCACCAUCGAGGAUAUGGUUACUAAAGAUGUGAAAUGCACGUUACUUUAAAAAUAGAUGAUUUUCUGAGAUGAUUUUCCAUUGGUUGUAUCUGUACAGCAUUGCUUGCCUUUGUUAUUUGAUCAAAAGUGCUGUUACAUAGAUUUAAUUUUGUUUAUUAUUAUUUCUUUUUGCUUUUGUCAUGUUGGUCUUUUUAUGUUUUCCUUUUAACAAUUAAAAGUUAAAAAUGUCUAAA